CAACGAAAAACUGUUGCGUCUUGUUAUCAAAUCAGUCCCUAACCUAGCAUACUUACUAUCUACCAUGCAAAACAAAACAAGUAUUCUAUUGCGGAGCUUCCAGCAAUUCUUCGCCAUGCUUUCACCGAAAAUUCGAGCAUAAUUGAUCAGAGUGGGCUGCAACUAGGCUGUUCAAGAAAGGCAGAUGUGGAUGCAUUCCCGCUGCUCAGUGGAGUUUGAUCUACGACCCCCAGCUUAGAGAAAUCACGAAAAUGAGAGCCCUGCAAACUUGUAGGAGGGGUGUGGAUGAUGGCCAACCAGAACUCCUGCUUCCUUCGAAUAGAGGGGGCGUGACUUUGCCCCCAAGUUUUCCGCCCUCAACGCCACUGCGAAGCAUUUAUAUUCUUGUGCGGAAGAGACGACGCGACUGCAGCAUUCAAGCUCGGCACUUCACAGAGGAAGGACAUCCCACAACAAAACACGAAACACAAAAACGAGGAGCUUAUCCUUUUCACUUUGCAGUCUGAGCAGCCAUCCUCUGGAAUUCCGUUCUUUCCCGUUAGUCGGAGCUCCCAACAAACAGCAGUCGUGGCAAAUUCAUAGAAAAAGUUUGCCUCGUGUGCUGUGCGCUCAAGGAACCUGGUCGGUCCACCCAUGAAAGAUCAACUACGGCAGCAAAGUUCCGAAAAAGAGAUGUCUGCAACUAUCCUGUCCGCUUUCUACGACAUUGACAUGCUGUACAAGCAGGAGAAAAGUUUGAACAUGAACGCAAUGCACAUCAACAGUAUGUUGGACAAGAAAGCCGUGGGGGCUCCAGUUACAACUUCUAGUUCCAACAACUGCUCCUACACUCCGGGAUUUUUCCGCAGAAACUCGACCAGUAACAUGGAUUCAGUGACCAACAGCAACAAGUACCCAGCGGGCUCCUUUUGCAACUUGAAGGAGAGCUCGGUGAUGAAUGGCAGCUCGAACACCGCCAUCAUGAACAAGGAAAACAAGUUUCGUGACCGCGCAUACAGCGAGAACGGGGACCGGAGCCAACAGCUCCAGGUUCUGCAGCAGAAACCGGGCUCUCAGAUAAACUCCACCCGCUACAAGACAGAACUGUGCCGGCCAUUCGAGGAGAACGGAGCAUGCAAGUACGGGGAGAAGUGUCAGUUCGCGCACGGCUACCACGAGCUGAGGAGUUUGUCUCGCCACCCCAAGUACAAAACCGAGCCGUGCCGCACCUUCCACACUAUCGGUUUCUGCCCGUAUGGUCCCCGUUGCCACUUCAUCCAUAACGCCGAAGAGCGCAGGCAAGCCCCAGCCAACGCCAACUUGCAAGGAGAGGCGAAGUCCGCUCGGGAGCUGUGCGGCGGCUACGGCCAGAGGGAGUUGGGUCUACAGCCCAACGCCUUCAGGGAGAGACCAAAGCUCCACCACAGCCUUAGCUUCUCCGGCUUUGCCACCCAACACGGACUUGACUCACCGCUCAUCGAAAGCCCCACGUCCCGCACCCCACCACCCCUUUCCUCCAACAACUCUUGCCCCCAAAACUUUUAUGAGGAUGUGUCGCCCAACACUCUGGCUUGCGUCAACAGUGCCUUCUCCUUCCCCGGGCAAGAACUGAAAGCCUUACUUGCUCCACUGGCUGUGCAUGCUCAAAACAGCUACGCCAAUCACUCUAAUGGUGCUUACUUUGGGAACCUCUCGGCCGUGUGCCCCCCCUCUCCCCCUUACAACAUGAGCCACUUGCAGUCCACCCUGCAAUCCUCCCUGCAGCGCCUCUCUGAGUCGCCGGUGUUCGACUCACCCCCUAGCCCCCCUGACUCCAUCUCAGACCGGGAGAGCUAUGCAAGCGGGUCCCUAAGCUCUUCUGGAAGUCUGAGCGGCUCCGAAUCUCCCAGUUUGGAUGCCGGCAGACGUUUGCCAAUCUUCAGCAGGCUGUCGAUUUCAGAUGAUUAAGUUCGAUCACUUUUGCAUGUGGUGUGUUUGUUUUUUUAUACUUUGUUUAGUAUGAGGAGGACUUGAAAUUCCACCACUCACCGCUGUUUGUGGACGGUGACACCUCUGACAACGUGUAACGUUUGACAGAAAUACAUCUGCUUUAAACUUUAGAGACAGAUGACAUUGUCUAGUCUUUUUGAUAUGGCAUUAGUUCGUUUGUCUGUAUGUUUUUGAUAACUACAAGUAGCUAUCAAUAGAAGGCAUUCCACCGGUGACUUAUGUUUUGAGCUGCAGCAGAUUGCUGUCUUUAGUUUUUUUUUUUUUUCGGUCUUAUCAAGACCUGUUUCCGGAGAAAGUCGUAUACAAGACUUUUUUUUUUUCUUCUUUCUUUCUUUCUUUCUUUCUUUCUUUCUUUCUUUCUUUAUGAACGAAAAAGACCUAGCGGUUUUAGAUUUUCCUGCAUCUUACCAAGAAUAUGCCUUGACACAAGUGUAACAGCUUCACAGCUUCAAAAGUAUGUGUGGUUUUGUUUUUGUUUUUUGGUCUUUUUUUUUCUUUCUUGAAAGCUUAAAAACUUCCAUUCCAAAACUUUUACCUGGUUCACAGCGCCACGCAGUGGUUUGGUUGGGUAGUGUGUAGUUUGUUGCUUAGUUCAAGCAUUCUUGUGUUGAGGUUUGUGUGGGAGAUCACUGCUGUUGGUUGAGUAUAUAUUUUUUUAGAUGUUCUGAGUGAUUACAUAGCGGUGCAUAACUGGCUAUGAACUAUUUAACUUAUUUAUUAUCUUGUGAAAAGUAUAGGCUACAUUGGUAAUUGUCCAGACUGUAUUUAUCGAGUAUGAUGAAGCAAUAGAUAUAUUCUUUUAUGUUUAAAUUAUGAUCGCCAUUAUUAAUCUACAGUAAGUGGAGUGUAUGUUCUUCUCACAGUAAUAUAUAUUUUUUGUUGUUUGGUCUCUUUUGUAACUUCACUUCGUUAUUUUAUUGUAAAUGAGUCAAAAAAAAAUCUUAAUUUAAGAUAUUGUAUGUGAUAUUUAUUUCAUUAAUUUUUUUGUUUCCUUGUUUACGUUUAUUAAAAACACAACAAACAAAAGUUUGCGUGAUUUGCUGGAGGUUGCUUUUCUGUGCUAUGGAAGGCCUAUUUUCUGUCCUUUUGGCAAAUCCCUAGAUUUGUUUCUCUAGUGGAGUCAGUAGAAUGUACAAACAAUGUGGGUUUAUUCUUUCCUCCUGUCUUUUUUUUUUUUUUUUUUCCCCAAGACCGUCCAAACUAGCCUUAUUUUUUUAUAUAUAUGUGUGUGUGUAUGUAUGUAUAUAUAUAUAUAUAUAUAUCACAUCCGUAUCAGAUAUCACCAGUCAGAGAUCCAACAUUUGAAAAACAAAUUAACCAAAAAAGUAUUUUCUUUUCCCCCUCCUUCUCCUGUUAUCUAUUGCACGCGGUCACACUGUGAUUCCAGUUGCGUGCUAGAGAAUGUAGCAAGCCCAUGUUGCCCCAGUGUCACACAUCACUCUGCGGGAUCAGUCUUACAUGCCUUAAGAUUCACCAAAUAAAGUAUUUUUCCUUCAUGUAACUAUAUUUCUUUCCUAGCUCUUUUUUUUUACUCAAGUUGAAUGUAGUCUCAAUUUCUGAGUUUGUCCUUGGAAGGUUGUUACCACUUGUAUUUAAGAAAAGAAAAAAAAAAAACUCGCUAUAAACAUUUAAAAAAAGGAAAAACAUUACAACUUUAAAGCAAACAACUGAAGCCUUUUUUUAUAUUAUUAUGACUUAUAGCUCCCUUUCACUUGUUUUAUUUGUUCCUGAUUCUCUUUUGAUAUGGGAAUGGGCUGAUUUUUCCAAACUUGCUGGACGGGAUGGUAAUGUUGAACACAUUGUGUAUGUACAUAGUUAGGUACAGGGUGAUGCUCACUAUGUACUCUGUUUGACUACUUUAUCAGAAGGAAAGCUGUUUGAAUGUAUCUAAAAAGGCAACGGACAAAAAAGGCAACAUGAGUUGUGAUUUUAAUAAUUUUUUAGGGGGAGUCAGUUCACUACAAAUUAAGUGUGAGACUGUUGGCUUUGUACUGUACAUUUUUUUUUGUAGUUUCUCCCAAUAAAAUCAUUUUUGAAAAAAAAAAA